CGAUAAGGAGCUGGCGCGGAGUUAUUAUUCACCGAACCGGGGUGUGCAUUUUUAUUUUCGACAUCGCUGGUUCCAUCAACGCGAUUGGAGUUUGAAUGUACAGCGCAUGUUAAUGUCUUUCUGAAAUGAUGGUUUCUCGAGGUCCACGCCCUACGCUUACCCAAGCUCUCGAUAAAGAGGUACUUCUCGUCAUUCUAUUCAGCUGUGGGCAUUCGGCGGGCUCUACUAAUAUGCUGGUGACCGGCAGAUUUAUCAAAUUGUGCGCAAACUCGCGGACGAACAGGUGCAGUUGGAAAAUGGGGCGAAGCGACUUACAAUCUCGAUCGUGUACGAUUCGAUCAAGAAUUCGAAUUCCAGUCUGAAAAGGAGGAGUAAGAAACUGCUUGAGGAUUGCAUUGAUAGGGUUCUGCGGGCUAUUAAGGAGGAGGAGCAGGAGGAGGAUGAUGAGGGGUCUUUGGAGGGGAAUUUUGAGGGGUUUGAGGAGGUUGCUGAGAUGAGAUUGAAGGUUUGAGUUUUUGCCUUGUGUUGUUGUACACCGGGGUUGAGAAGGUCUAAUCUGCUGCUAGGAUCAUAAUGUUAUGAAUAAGAGCAUUAGACGGAUGUGGGCAAAACCGAGUUCGGCCAGUAUGACGCCUAGGGAAGGCACUCCUCCUGUGGGAGAUCUCGUUGCAUCUUCUGUGUCUUUACAGACGCCAAUCGCGAACGGAGAGAUUGAAUCACCACCCAAAGCAGACCGACAACCGAACGGAGAACCAAAACUGAAAAGGAGAAAGGCAGAACGAGGGCCUGUGAAAGACGACCGAAAACCACCUACGGAUAUCUCUCUUGAGAAUUUGGGAGGAGUGGAAAAUGUGAUUGAGGAAUUGAACGAGUUGGUUGCUAUGCCCAUGUUAUACCCGGACACCUAUAUCAGAACUGGGAUCCAACCUCCUCGAGGAGUACUACUUCAUGGACCUCCUGGAUGUGGAAAAACGAUGAUUGCGAAUGCUUUUGCUGCGGAAAUAGGGGUCUCAUUCAUUCCCUUGUCUGCGCCUUCGCUUGUUGCUGGGAUGUCUGGAGAAUCAGAAAAGAAGAUUCGAGAUAUUUUUGAUGAGGCAAAGAGAAUGGCACCAUGUCUGGUCUUUAUUGAUGAGAUUGAUGUGAUUAUGGGGAAACGAGAAAGUGCUCAGAGAGAGAUGGAGAAACGGAUUGUGGCUCAGAUGUUGACUUGUAUGGAUGACAUGGCCUUGGAAAAGACGGGAGGAAAACCAGUCAUUAUUAUUGCGGCUACGAAUCGACCUGAUAGUUUGGAUCCAGCUCUUCGAAGAGCAGGGAGAUUCAACAAGGAAAUUAAUCUGGGAGUUCCUAAUGAACAUGCACGGGAGAAGAUUUUACGAGCACUCACUCAGAAAUUGACACUAGCUGAGGAUUUCAAUUAUCGAAAUCUGGCAAAAAUUACUCCUGGGUUUGUUGGUGCAGAUUUGAAUGAUGUCGUUUCAGUAGCAGGGACUGAAGCUAUGAAGCGAAUGAUGGCCGUCUUAAAAGAACGAACCGCCACAGAUAUGGAUUUAGACACUGAUACACCAUCUACCACCGCACCCGCCCUCCUAAUCCUACGCUCCCUCGUCGCCCACGCAGGAGAAUCUUCACCCGAUGGAGAUUUCUCAAUCAAGUACUCUGACUUCCUAACCGCAGUCCCAAAAGUGCAGCCUUCUGCAAAACGAGAAGGAUUCGCCACUAUCCCAGACACAACAUGGGCACACAUUGGGGCCCUCCACGAAGUAAGGGAACAACUCGAAAUGGCCAUCGUGGAACCCAUCAAACGCCCUGAAUCCUUCGCUCGCGUGGGAAUCACGGCACCUACGGGUGUUCUCCUCUGGGGACCACCGGGAUGUGGAAAAACUCUCCUAGCAAAAGCGGUGGCGAAUGAGUCAAAGGCGAAUUUCAUCUCGAUUAAAGGACCAGAGUUGCUUAAUAAAUAUGUGGGCGAGUCUGAGCGGGCCGUUCGACAGGUUUUCGAGAGAGCGAGGAGUUCGGUACCUUGUAUCCUGUUCUUCGACGAACUUGAUGCUUUAGUUCCCAAGCGUGAAGACUCUCUUUCCGAAGCGAGUAGCAAGGUCGUUAAUACGUUGUUGACGGAACUCGAUGGACUGAGUAGUAGGAAGGGGAUCUACGUCGUCGCAGCAACCAAUCGACCAGAUAUGAUCGAUCCCGCCAUGUUACGCCCCGGCCGUCUCGGCACCUCUGUCUUCGUCGACCUCCCUACACCCGACGAACGCGUCGAAAUCCUACGAGCCCUCUUCCGGAAAGCGCUUCCUCAUGCAGGGCCUGAAGAAGUGGGCUUGCUGGAGGCCGUCGCGAGGGAUGAGAGGUGCACUGGGUAUUCCGGGGCGGAUCUGGGGAAUCUGCAUCAGGCUGCGGCGGUGGCGGCGUUGAAGAGGGAGAUGAGUUGUAUGAUGGGCUUUCGACGGGAGGUGGAUGCGGAUGGACAAGGGGAUGAGAAGGAGGGGGGAUUGAGGAUUGAGAGGGAGGAUUGGGAGGUUGCGUUGGGGAAGGUGAGGGCUAGUGUUAAGGAUGCGAGGAAGUAUUUGAGGUUGAAGGAGAGGGGGAUGUAAUAAGGGUUUUUUCUUCUUCUUUCUUCUUUCGUCUAAGAAAUUGAGGGUUGAGGAUCUUUUUGAUUUAUUUAGUGGAUGUGGAUGUGGAUAGUAGAUUGUAAAUUGUAAAUUAUAGGAUUUCCAUUCUAUGUUUAUAAAAGGAUACUACUGUAGCUGGAUACAGAUAGUAAAGUAAUAGUAACUAUCGUAUAUAAUCAUAGUUGCUAUCCUUCUA